AGUACACGAAUAAUUGGACGCUUUAAGAGGCAGCGCGUUGUUUCUGACCCACCUGACGUUGGCCGUGCAAGCCAUCAAUCGGCCUAUCUUGCUGACCUCUUGGAUACUAAUAAGUAUUACUUUUACCACACGAUCUCGUACUAUGGUGCAGCCAAGCAUGUUGGGACUUGGUUUGCAUAGGAGACACAGCUAAGGGCACCGAUUUCUAUAAUCUCGUAGCAUGGCCAGCGUUGGUGGAGCAGUAGCAAACACACUAGCCAGACCGAACGCGGCAAUCGACUUGCCAGCUGCCCAUACAUCAUCCCAAAGCUCCGUCGACAAAAGCAACACGACAAUUCGGGAGCAGCAGGUGGCCGCCCCGGUGAACCACGGGAGCAGCGCAUCCGGGGAAGAUUUCGACGCAGACUUUGAGUUUCAGCUACAAGGCACCAGCGGUUCUGACUGGACGCCGGAGGAAUUGGUCGUACUGGAGAGCGCUCUUGCGCGCUUUCCGGCCGAUAAGUACCCACCCGUCGAGCGGUACAUUCAUGUUGCAGCGAGCCUGCCAAGCAAAACCGCGCGCGACGUAGCCUUGCGAGUUAAGGCCUGCGGCCUGGAUGACAAAGGCCGCCGCGGCCCCGCCGACGACUCGGCCAAACGCAAGGCCGGCGCCAGCCAGCCAGGCCGGCCAGGGAUGCAGCAGGCCAGCAAAGGCAGCGGCGCGGGCCCACCAGGGGCCGGCGCCGGCGCCGCAGCCGCCCCGGGCGACGACCUGUCGCCCAGCGUGCCUACUGCUCUGACGCAGCUCAUGGAGCAGAACUACGGCAUUUUGUUGCAGUUUCGGGGCAACAUGGCGGCGUUCAAGGUGGUUGAGAACACCGAGCUGCUGGUGCGCUACAGGGACAACCUGCUGGCCAUGCAGCAGCAGCUGGCCGGUAUCGGCGGCAUCAUGAGUCAGAUGCCGCCGCUGCCGGUGCAGCCCAACUUUGACCUCGCCAGCAAGUUCCUUCCACCUGUGGCCGCCGGCAAGCUGCCGCCGUCACUGGGUGCGGGGCCGGCAAUGGCAAUGCCCACGCUGCCGCCUGUGGCACCCGCCACCAUGCCUGUUGCCAUGCCGACAGCGGCGACCGCUCCUCAGACUGCUGGCGCAGCAGCCAUGGGACCGUCGCCGGUUGGGGUGCUGCCGGGCUCCACACCCUCACUGCCCAUGGCCACGGCGCCGCCGUUGAUGCCCAUGAUGCCGCCAUUUCCCUUUCACCCGACAGCGGCGGGGCUUGGGGCGCCGCCGGGCAUGCCUGGCGGCAUGAUGCCGCCUAUGUCGAUGGAUUCCUUCUUCGGCGGGGGGAUGCCGGGUGCCAUGGGCGUCUUGGGGCCGGCGAUGAUGGCGGGUGCACUGAAUCCAGCGGCUUCAGCGGCAGCAGCAGCGGCGGCCGCCGCAGCUAUGGGAGCAGGCAUGCAUGGGCCGCAGUUUCCGAUGGGGAUGGGCCCGCCGGGUAUGAUGGGCUGUAUGCCGAUGCCGACUGGGGUGCUGCCGACGCCAACGUUGCCGGACGGCGGGUCUGCGGUGGCAGCAGCGGCGGCGGCAGCAGCAGCAGCAGCAGCGCAGCAAGCGGUGAUGCAGGGGGUUAUGCCGGCAGGGAUGCCAGUAAUGCCAUCGGUGAGCAUGUCACGACAGGGUUCGGCGGUGCAACCCGCCACUAACGGCACAAUACCCGUUAACGUGGCCGUGAAGCAUGAAGGCGGGGCCUGAGCAGGGAAUGGGAACUGACGUUUAUAUUUGUGUGAGCGUGGGACACGUUAGGGUGCUGGCCCAGGGCUACACCGGACUGAGAGUGAGGGUUACAUGGGUUUGUUGACACGAGAGGAGGGACAAGUUAUAGAUAUAAAGCAGCAAUAAAAACACGAGCUUUUGAUUGGUAGUGUGUACCGGGCUUUACACACGAACUGACUGGCCAAAUUGGGUGUUGGGGUGACCUUUGAGUGUCUUCCUUUACAGAGCACCUCUGGGCAACAUGGUAGUGUGUGCUGGCCAUUAGCACCAGGGAUGUGACUCCUUGACGACAGCUUUUGGAACUCGCAGCAGCACGUUUCCCGAGAUACCAAUCACCGUGGGUACCACGUGAGGCGUCUGGUCUAGUAGGAUGCCUAGCAGGGUUGGACUAAAUUCUUUAUUAUCCCGUUAAACGUUUGUCAUUCUCCUAUGCGUACGCGCACUCGCGUAUGCAUCAGUGGUCGCACAUUUCUACGUUUCCGUACAUCGGUUGCGGAUACCCGGAUACGAUGGCUUAAAUUACUCUCCAUUGUUAUAUGCUUCGUCAAUAUCGUUGCUAUGUGUUACAAGCAGACGACCAAACGGCUCGAACAAUAUCCAUGCAGCGAGAACAAGGACAAGAUAUGCCUUGCCUUGGACCCGGCGCACUAGUCAGUGCAGUGCUGGACCCCGCAUACUUGGCUUCCGUAAAGCCAGUGCCUCACCAGGUUGUUCCGCGCAAUUUGAACCUGCUGGAGCUGAAGUUCCAAGAAAUGGUUGCUCAAUUCGACAAAGCCGACCAAGGGGUCCGAACAUCCGGUAGUUUGGCUGGGGCCAAUGGGAGUAGCCUUCGGCUCUUGCCUAGCCAGGCGCGACGAGAGUCCGAAUUGAAGGCUGAACAGAAGCCGCUGGUGCAGGAGACCAAACCCACGCCUUUGCGGCUAACAGAGGAUCCGCAUGAGCCACGCGCGGAAGCAGCUCUAGCUAGCAAGGCCGAAGAGUACCAGAAUGACUACCACAUUAUACAGGCGGCCGCGCUUAAAGCCGGAAUUCCUAACAUUAGUAUGCAAAAGCUGCUUGGACUUCCGCGUAUUGACGCUGGCGUGUGCGCAAACGCGCUUCGGCCAUUCUUAGACAAUCCUCGGGUGUUAGAGAGUAUCCUUAGCAGAUUUGUUGACGGCAACUGCGCCUAAGUGGCAGUGACCGCAGUGUGGCACCGUGGCAGUGUGGCACCGUGCUUGGAUUCCGUACAGCAGCGGUUGAACCUACACGCAGCUUUCCGCUUAUGAACUUUAAGAGGGAAGUCAUUUUCGUUUUACUUUUGCAUUCAUUGUAUUACCUUGCUUAUAUCUUUCUUCACGCGAGUUGGAGAUAUGGCGGCGUCUGCAUAUGAAAUCCGCCGUGUUCUUAAGAUAUACGACGACGCUGCUAUUGCUCCUCUAAACCGCGCAAUCACCAUGCUUACUGAGGUUACCAAGUCGAUUAGCGACAAGCCUGGAACGUUCGACUUAACCAGCGAUGACGCGGAGGUCUGGGCUGAAGCUGGCGGUCACUCUUACGGCGAGAAUGCGGAGUUCCCAUGCCUUGUGGGGUCAAGAUGGCUGGAGGUGCUGUCCAAGCCAGGUGUUGUCGCGGCUGCUGGCCUUGACAAGGACGAGUGGAGCAACCUCCUGAAGUCGCUAACAGAUUACGAGGCAAAGCUGGACAAGGCCGGUCUGAGUAUGGAGGUCCUGGACGAGCUUACAGAGCUGAUUACCAAGCUGCGCGAGGAAGCCCCUGAGCCAGAGGAUUCGGAUGAUAGUGACGACGACGAUGAUGACUCUGACGACGAGUAAGCGUGUCUGAUUGUAUGGUAUACAUGCGACUGUGGACAAACGUUGUAUGUUGAGUUGAUAAUGGUCGAGUAGCUUUGGGCUAACCUGCACGUUGCAUAUUCGUUUCACAAGAAACACGGUACUUAGUUGCAGGAGAUGCAUGCAUGGGGUCGUCUCGUGCCGGGGGUAACCGCUGAUGGCCGGUGAUGAGUUAUUUAGGGAGAGGGAUACGUGCCGGCUGACACGCUUGGCGUCGUGUGUUAUUCAGCACGAACAAGGGUGUGCUUGACCAGCGCUUGGGCAAAGUCUUGGGAACUUAAAUAGAGGGGCCCUGCCCGGCCGGGGUCGAGGUCUGCAUGGCUAUUUGCCUUGGGUUGGUGGGAUAGGAGGGUAAUAGUCACUGGUCAUCGCUCUACGCUGUGCUGUUUUCCGGGCAGCUGCACCGGUGCAAGUGCUGCGCUUUGGCGGCGCUUAGUGGGGUUAGUUCCAGCAUGACGUGAUGUAUGGAACACUGGAAAAUACUGGUGGCACUUGUUCGCAUCCAUGCUACGAGGUGGAUUGCUUCUUUGCCAUGUUGCCUUACUGCGAGAGGGUGUGUAUGGCGGUGCUUGUCACAAGUGGCUGCAAGGAAACGUAUGUUGCUUUUCUUGGUGGAUGCGGGUAAGCUUCAGUCGACCCAUGCAGCGGGCUGUCCUAAUGUCCUUGUCCAUGUAACGGACAAUGGAUAGGUGUGCUGACCUUGGGUGUCUCCUAAGAUGGGCAAAUGCAGGGA